UCAAAUAAAUUGUUUUCUCCUAGAUCAUUCUUAUUUGUGCCAUAAAUAGGCAUAGUGUUAUUUUUUGGUGGCGCAGCAGUAACUAUGGCAUUAUUCAUCAACUUAUCCGCAAAAUGGUGUAACCUACUGGAAAAAUGGGAACAAGUGGAAGGAUAUUUUGGUCAUCAAAAAUACUUGAAAAUGAAAUUCACCUUUAUAUCAGUUUUAUUCUUAAUAUUUUCUAUGGUCGAACAUUGGAGUUUCCUUUUAACUAGUCUUAUUAUGACAGACAAAGUAGACUUUCACGAAGUGUUUGAAAUGUGCAUAUCUAAUAUGUUUCCACAAGUUUUUAGCGUCGUUCAAUAUAAUGUUUGGAUAGCUAUAUUAACUCUAAUAAUAAAUUCAGUUUCAACUCUGUCAUAUUGCUUUGCAGAUCAAGUGAUAAUAAUGGGAAGUAUGGCUCUUGGAGAUUACUUAAAAUUAUUUACAGAACGGUUAAACGAAUACAGAGGCAAGGUUAUAACUCCUAAACAGUGGAAAACAUUGCGAGUAGAUUAUACAAGACUAUGUAGCUUAGCCAGAACUCUUGAUGAUUGUCUAUGUCACUUGCUUUGUGUGUCAUUGCUCAUUCAUUUGUAUAUUAUAUGCUUGGAAAUGCGUCAAGGAGUAACGAAAUCAGACCAAUACCCAAAUAUAAGUAAAGACGUCCAUACCAUAUUGUCAUUUUCAGUAUCCACAUUGAGGGCAUGCUCAUUGUGUUUAAGCUCCGUUAGAAUAUACGAAAAUAGUAAAGGACCUUUAGAAACACUUUAUAAUAUUCCCCAGCAAUCAUAUUGUAAAGAAGUUGAAUUAUUUAUGCUACAAAUGCAAAAAGAUGAUAUUGGUCUGACAGGUAGUCACAUGUUUUUAAUGACUAGAAAAUUUUUACUUACAGUAAGAAUCUUCUGA